AAAAAAGGAGUUCAACUAAUAUGACGUUAAAUCUUUUUAAAAUGGUGUAACUUUGCAUUACCUGAGAAAGACGGGCGUUGGGCAAAAGGCAGCUUUAGCAAGGCAAGGCUUUUCAUAGCAUUACUGAUUUAGCCAACUGCAAAAUAAUAACACACUGAACAAGCUAGCCCUAUAAUAUAGCAACAAAAACUGUUUUAACGAUACAAUAAAAUUUUACAUGUUGGUCAGUCCAAAUGUUUGUUAGUUGUACUUGACUAUCUACGUGGAAAGCAAAUAGCUAGACAGCAUGUUUAUGUUGGCUAACAUUGGAAACCCAAGCGAUACUCAAACUGACCAAAUUAUUCAAUUUAGCCUAAACCGGCAAUUGACCAAAGUAUACCAGCUUUCCCCAGACUUUAGACUGAUUUUGAAGAAUAAAUAAAAAUAAAUAAAAAUUUAAAUCAGACAAACCUUUGUAGCAAGGUGAAGUUUCCACAAAUUUGAAAUGGCAAAAAAAAAAAAAAAAAAAAAAAAAAGAAAAAAAAAUCAACGAAGAAGUAAGAUGCGCGCGAAACGGGAAAUUAGCUGACAUUUGUUUAACAGCUAUAAUGUUAAUAACGUGGUUAUGUGUCGGCUUUUGGUCUAAGCGUCUCUCGACCAGUGGCAAUGUAAUGGCAAACACACACACACGUUAAAUACAGCACAAAUCUUAGCAUGAUACUUGUAAUGUUAAUCAACAGUUACAUCAACAGAGCAAGAAUGAAAGGCAAAAUAGAUGGCCAUAGCACCUGAUAUCGGCGUCUGCAUCACAUGAUGACCGCUGAUCAGCCCUCAGACUCUCAUCCUCACAAAACACGAUCUUUGGGGAGACUGCCGCUGCCAGGAGGUUACCAUGGCAACAAGUAACAACAACACAAGCCGACUCAAACCGACGCAAACCGAGCUGCACGGCUUCAUCUGGAUCUGUCAACCGCUUCAGACUGCGUGGGGAAAUUAGUCCAAAAUAAGUAAUAAACAAUGAGUCAACGACAAAUAAUUCAAGUUUUCGAACAGUACCAGAGAUCCCGAAUGCAAUUUGUUCAGACUGUGGCUGAUCUUGCAAACCGGCCACAAAACAUAGAAAUUCUGCAAAAUGUGGGUGUGAUGUCCUUGCUACGCCCACUUAUGCUGGAUGUAGUACCUAGUAUCCAGCAGACUGCAGCCUUGGCUCUCGGCCGCCUGGCAGACCACAAUAAUGACCUGGCUGAAGCUGUGGUGAAAGCAGACAUCCUCCCCCAACUUGUCAACUCUCUUGAUUCACAGAAUCGGUUUUACAAAAAGGCAGCAGCGUUUGUGCUGCGGGCUGUAGCCAAACACUCUCCUGAGCUGGCUGAGGCUGUGGUGUUGUCUGGAGGAGCCAAAGCUCUGGUGCUCUGCCUCGAGGACUUUGACCCCGGGGUGAAGGAGGCAGCUGCCUGGGCUCUGGGCUGCAUCGCACGGCACAAUGCAUCUCUAUCUCAGGCCGUGGUGGAUGCAGGUGCAGCUCCUCUGCUGGUCUUGUCUCUCCAGGAGCCUGAAAUAGCCCUGAAACGCAUCGCUGCCUCUACACUGAGUGACAUCUGCAAACACACACCACAACUGGCCCAUACAGUGGUGGACACUGGGGCUAUUGCACAUUUGGCACAAAUGAUUCUAAAUCCAGACGCCAAACUCAAGAGACAGGUGUUCUCAGCGUUGAGUCAGAUCAGUAAGCACUCCCACAGUCUGGCUGAGAUGGUGAUUGAGGCGGAGAUUUUCCCUGCAGCAAUUGCCUGCCUUAAAGACCCAGACGAGUAUGUGAGGAAAAACGUCACUACGCUUAUGAGAGAGGUAGUCAAGCAUACACCAGAGCUGGCUCAGUUAAUAGUGAACUAUGGAAGUCUGGCAACUGUUAUAGACUACUUGGGCGAAUGCAGUGGACAGAUGCGUCUGCCUGGGAUCAUGAUGCUGGGAUACAUAGCAGCACACAAUGAGAAUCUAGCUAUGGCUGUCAUUCUUUCUAAGGGGGUGCCUCAGCUUGCCUUAUGCCUAUCGGAGGAGCCUGAGCAUCACAUCAAAGCUGCAACAGUGUGGUCCAUAAACCAGAUUGGACAGCACACUCCAGAGCAUGCCAAAGCAGUAGCUAUGUGCAGCCUGCUCCCAAAACUAUUGAAGCUCUACAUGGACCCCAACAGCUCUGAGGACCUGCAGACCAAGAGUAAGAAAGCACUGAAGAGCAUCCUCCAAAAAUGCACCUAUCUUCCUGGUCUAGAGCCCCUACUCUAUGAUGCCCCCUCCAAUAUUCUCAAACAUGUGGUUGGCCAAUUCAGCAAGAUCCUGCCUCAUGACAGUAAAGCGCGGCGGCUCUUUGUCACCAGUGGAGGACUGAAGAAAGUGCAGGAGAUUGAUGCAGAGCCCGGGUCAGUUCUACAGGACCACAUCAACGCCAUUAACAGCUGCUUCCCAGAAGAGAUAGUCAGAUACUACUCUCCUGGAUACUCAGAGGCAUUACUGGAGCGUCUAGAAAACUAUCAACCAGCCUGAUUGACACUAGUAAAUUUGAACAAAAAUAGAAACUUUGAUUUCUUUGUAUUUAACUAUUCAUUUAAUCAGUUAUUUUUUUAUACAUAUAUCUUUCUUAUGUUAUAUAAUAGAAAUAAUAAUAAUAUAUUAACUCCAUACACAUACAGGAGGUAGAUGCCAUUAGAUUAUUUUUAUAUUUUAAUUAAUACUUUUAUGAAUGAA